CCCCGGUCCCCUGCCCCACCCCGCCAGGCUGGGGAGAGGGGCUGCCGCAGGGAUCGUGGGAGGAGAGGCUGGGCUGUUCCUCGUGUCCUCGUCCCUACAUUCCUUCCUGCCCCUUCCCUCAAAGAGUUUCUCUCCCAUCAAGAUAUCUCUGUUUUGCUUCCUCUCUGUCUCUCCAGCUCCGCUGGGUCUCUGCACAGUGACCUCUGAGACCCUGUCUCCAUCUGUCUCUUAUGGUGCUUUCUGGGUCUCUGACGCUCCCCAUGUCUCUCCAUGGCUUGGUUUCUGUCUUUCGGGCCCUCACGGUGUCUCUGUGCCAUGUCCAUUUCUGCUGCACCCCACUACCACACCCCAGGGCUUGGCGGGCCCCCGCACACCGUACUGCCGGCCUCUGGGUCCCUGAGACCCUUUAACCUGUGAGGACGUCCAGGGUCACAGGUGAGGUUCUUGGGAGCCUGGCAUCCGGCCCAGCCAUCAGCCUGGGGUCCGACCCCUGACCCCUGACCCGACACACCCUUCCUCCCUGAAAACCCUGGAACCUGACAUUGGACUGGAGACUGCAACCUGACCUCUGACCCUGUAUCUUGAGCCCCUCCCCCACACCACUGUGACCUCACAAAAGUCUCCAGCUUCUCCACAGGCUGAGACCCUCCGCUAUGGCCCUUCUGGCCGCAGGGAGCGCUGUGCCGUCCGCCCUGGUGGCCCUCACGGUCUUCCGGGCCUCCGCCUGGGCCUGUCUCCUCUGCUUCACGUCUUACAAUGAGCGCCUCCAAAUCUGCCAGAUCUUCGUCGGCCUGGAGAGCCCCGACCUCGAGAAGUGUGAGGAGGCCUUAACAGAUGCCUUUAAGGGCCUCCAGGACACUGAAAUCAGUGAGGAGACACCCCACAUCCUCCAGGGCCCCGAGGGGGGCAUGUGGAAGGAGGGACCAGAGAGGCCUGGAGAGACUGAGGGGAACAAAGGUUCAGAGACGGGAGGAUGGAGACUUUGCGGGGGCCAGAGACUCAGAGACGGGAGGACAGAGGCUUUGCGGGGGCCAGAGGCUCAGAGACGGGAGGACAGAGGCUUUGCGGGGGCCAGAGGCUCAGAGACAGGAGGACAGAGGCUUUGCGGGGGCCAGAGGCUCAGAGACGGGAGGACAGAGGCUUUGCGGAGGCCAGAGGCUCAGAGAGAGGCAGAGGAAGGUCCACUUUGGGGAUGUGGUGUUGGGGAACCGCUUCACCCCAGCUCCUGCCUCCGACCUCCAGACUACGAGGAAAGGAGCCAUCUGCACGACGCCUUCACCCAGAUGACCCACUCCCUGCAGGAGGUGGCCGCCGCCCAGGGGUCCUUUCAGGUUGCCUUUCCUCAUGCCGCGGAGAAAAUGCAGAAGAUUAUAUUACAGCUUAAAGAAGUCCAGGCCUGCAUCCGUCCCUGCGGACUCCAGGAGGUCGCCCGGCGUUUCCGCUGCCGAGGAUGCUACUCUACGGUCUGCGACCUCCCGUUAGACUGCCCAGUUCAGGACUUGACGGUGACUCGGGGUCAUCAGGCUAUGUUCUUUUGCACUGUGAACUUCCAGCUGCCUAAGGAAGAGAUCACCUAUUCCUGGAAGUUCGCAGGAGCUCCGGACUCAGGACCUGUCCUACUUCCGAGAGAUACCAAGGGCCCGAGGAUACCUGGCUCGGAUCCGGCCGGUGCAGCCCACGCACCGCGGCACCUUCUCUUGCGUGAUCACACACGACCAGCGGCCCCUGGCGCGGCUCUACUUCUUUCUGAACGGUGCGGGAGGGGCGGAGCUGCGCGGCAGGGGCGGGGCUACGUGAGGGGUGGGGCUCGUGCCCGGCUGACGUGAGCGUCCCCGCAGUGACAGGUCCGCCACCGCGCGGGGAGACUGAGCUCCAGGUCUCUUUUCGGGAAGUGUUGCGCUGGACGCCACGGGAGGGGGAGAUGAUCGAACCCUGGACGCCCAGCCUGGGCGAGCUGCUGGCCAGGCCCGAGGCUCUAACGCCGGGCAAUCAGUGCCUGCUCGCGGCCGCUGUGGCCUUAGCCUCAGCCAGUGCGACCGUGCUGGCGUGGUGAGUCCCUGGGACCCCAGAAUCCCAGCAUCUGGCUCUCCGUUCCCAGACCCAAGAGUCUGGGUCCCCAGCCCCUCCUCCCUCAGAUCCAGAAGUCUGAGUCGCCAGACCCUCUUAGGAGUCCAGGCCCCCACCCCGUCCUUCCUCAGACCAGGAGUCAUAACCCCCAACCCCUAUUUUCUCAGAUCUAAGAGUCCAAGCCCUAUCACCACCUUUGGGACCUAGGCUCCAGGACUCAGAUUUCUGGUCCCCAGCCUCUCUCACACACACACACGAACAUCUCCUUUUUUCCCCAGGAUGUUUUUUCGAUGGUACUGCAGCGGCGACUAACAAAGCUAUCUUUUUUAUCCUAUUUCCAUCCCUAAAAUAAAGACUCUAUUUCAGCUCUCUAGAUUCUUUCAUCUUCGAAGGUGGUCACUACUAACUUAGGAGGAAGAGCGGCACACCCCAAAGAUGCCCAGGUGCCCAUGCCCCCAUAACGACGGUAAUAGGCGCAGCUGUUGCAGUGCAGGGUCCUGUAAUGAGGCGUUAGGUGCAAGCCCAGACCCCUCCCCGGAUUUCUGGCAGCAUCCUGGACAUUUCCGCCUGCAGCAGUCACCUUUCAAGAGUCCUUGAUAUCGCCCUGAAAGGCUGUUCCUCCCCCCAGACUUUCUUGCUGUCAUAAAGGGCACCAUCAUCCACCCAGCUGCUCAACCAGAAACCGAAGUUGCGUUUAAUUCCUCCUCCACUUCCAAUCUAGUUCCACAUCUCAGCCUUUUCAAUUCCUAAAUAUCUCAUGGAGAUGCUCCCUCUCUGUGGUCUGCCACCGUCUCUUGUGUGGAUCACUGCAGCAGCCAGUCCCCACCGGCCUCCCUGGCUCUGCUCAGCCUUGUGCCAGUGCAGUGCAUUCUCCACAAAGCAGCCAGAGUGAUUUUUUUUUUUUUUUUUUUUUUGCUACUUUGGCUAAGGUUUUAUUUAUUUAUUUUUGCGGUACGCGGGCCUCUCACUGCUGUGGCCUCUCCCGUUGCGGAGCACAUGCUCCGGACACACAGGCUCAGCGGCCAUGGCUCACGGGCCCAGCCACUCCGCGGCAUGUGGGAUCUUCCCGGACCGGGACACGAACCCGCGUCCCCUGCAUCGGCAGGCGGACUCUCAACCACUGCGCCACCAGGGAAGCCCUAAGGUUUUAUUUUUUUAAAUUUUUAUUAGACUGUAGUUGAUUUACAAUACUGUGUUCCUACUGUACAGCAAAGUGAAUCAGUUAUACAUAUACAUAUAUCUACUCCUUUUUAGAUUCUUUUCCCAUACAGGUCAUUACAGAGUAUUGAGUAGAGUUCCCUGUGCUAUACAGUAGGUCCUUAUUAGUUAUCUAUUUUAUAUAUAGUAGUGUGUAUAUGUCAAUCCCAAUCUCUAGAGUGAUAUUUUGAAGUUUGUCAGAUCAGGUCACUCCUCUGCUCAGAACCCUUCAGUGGCUCCCCAUUGCUAUUGGAACAAAAUCCAGUUCCUUGCGAAGGCCUCCAAAGGCCCCCAAGGUUCUGGUUAACUUUGUCCCACCCCACUCUUCCCCCUUGAUCUUUCUAUCUUGCAGCUCCUCUGGCCUUUGCUCAUUCGUUGUAUUCAUCAUGAUUCUUCUCAUUCUCUCCAGGACCUGGGUACAUACUAGUUUCUGCCUAGAAUAAUGUUCCCUUUUUUGUCUAGUUAACUCAGUUAUGAUUUCCCCUGAAUGGCCUUUACAUGCAUUGACCCAUUUAAUCUCCAGGACAAGGCUGUGUGGGCGGACACUGUGUUUAUGUGCCUGACUCCACUUCCCUCUCCUCCCGCUCUUUACUCUCUAGCCCCACUGGCCUUUUUUUUUUUUUGUCCCUUGAACAUGCAAAGUUCAGUCCUGUCCCUGGGCCUUUGCACAUGCUGUUCUUCCUACUUGAAAUGACUUUACUCUGAACCUCACAAAGCCACCUCCCUCUCAUUGCACAGGUCCCAGCUCAAAUGUCACCUCUGAUGACUCCCCUCCUCCCACAUGACAUCCCCCUAUUUUAUUUUAUUUUUUAAUUUUUUUUGGCUGUGCCAUGAGGUUUGAUGGAUCCUGGUUCCUGACCAGGGAUCGAACCCGGGCCCUCAACAAUGAAAGCACUGAGCCCUAACCACUGGAUCACCAGGGAGUUCCCAACAUCCCCCUAUUUUAGCUUGUGCAUUAUACGUGUUCAGAUCUAAUGUAAACUUAUUUUUUAAUUUGGUUUUGUGUCUUCCCCACUUAAAAGGUAAGCUCCUUUAUAUUCUUAUUCACCGAUGUGUUCCCCUUCAAUGAUUCAUUCAAUCAGCAAAUAUUUACUGAGCGUUUACUAUGUGCCAGGCAUUUUCAAGGCACUGUAGACACAGCAAUGAAGAAAUCAGAACAGACAAAAACCUGCACCCUCAAGAUAGGCGGAGGGGAUUAAGAGACACAAACUAUUAUGUAUAAAAUAAAUACACUACAAUGAUGUAAUGUACGGCACAAGGAAUAUAGCCAAUAUUUUAUAAUAACUUUAAAUGGAGUAUAAUCUACAAAUUAUUGAAUCUGUUGUAUGCCUGAAAAUUAUAUAAUAUUGUACAUCAGCUGUACUUUAAUUUAAAAAAAAUCUGCACCCUCAUGGAGUUUCGAUUCUCAUCGAUGGUCAAAAAAUAAACAAGAAAAUUAUGUAAAAAUGUGCACCAAGGCAUAUGAU